GUGCGCGUUCUCGCCCGAGGAGCCGCAGUCUCGAGGGCGCCAAGGUGUUUCAGUCGUCGGUGGCCGCCAGGCUCUCCCGCGCACCCGGUGUCGUUGGGUGGCACCCCGGGCGGAGGCGUCCGCCGGGGUACGGGAGAGAGCCAAGAUGCCGAUCAAUAAAUCGGAGAAGCCAGAGAGCUGUGAUAAUGUGAAAGUGGUUGUUAGGUGCCGGCCCCUCAAUGAGCGAGAAAAGGCAAUGUACUACAGACAGGCGGUCAGUGUGGAUGAGAUGAGGGGAACGAUCACUGUUCAUAAGACCGAUUCUUCCAAUGAGCCUCCGAAGACAUUUACUUUUGAUACUGUUUUUGGACCAGACAGCAAACAACUGGACGUUUACAACUUAACUGCAAGACCCAUUAUUGAUUCUGUUCUUGAAGGUUACAAUGGGACUAUUUUUGCAUAUGGACAAACUGGAACAGGCAAAACUUUUACUAUGGAAGGUGUUCGAGCUGUUCCUGAACUUAGAGGAAUUAUUCCCAAUUCAUUUGCUCACAUAUUUGGUCAUAUUGCAAAAGCGGAAGGAGACACCAGAUUCUUGGUUCGAGUAUCAUAUUUGGAAAUCUAUAAUGAAGAAGUUCGUGACCUUUUGGGCAAGGAUCAGACACAGAGAUUAGAGGUUAAAGAAAGGCCUGAUGUGGGAGUUUAUAUCAAAGACUUAUCAGCUUAUGUGGUAAAUAAUGCUGAUGAUAUGGAUAGAAUUAUGACACUAGGCCACAAAAACCGUUCGGUUGGUGCAACUAAUAUGAAUGAACACAGUUCCCGCUCCCAUGCCAUCUUUACCAUUACUAUUGAAUGCAGUGAGAAGGGCGCUGAUGGGAACAUGCACGUGCGGAUGGGCAAACUCCAUCUUGUAGACCUUGCUGGUUCAGAAAGACAAGCAAAAACUGGAGCUACUGGACAGCGCCUAAAGGAAGCUACAAAAAUCAAUCUUUCCCUUUCCACCCUGGGCAAUGUGAUUUCUGCUUUGGUCGAUGGCAAAAGCACUCAUGUGCCUUAUCGUAACUCCAAAUUGACUCGUCUUCUUCAGGAUUCCUUAGGAGGAAACUCAAAAACAAUGAUGUGUGCAAAUAUUGGGCCAGCAGAUUACAAUUAUGAUGAAACUAUCAGUACUUUACGGUAUGCCAACCGUGCUAAGAAUAUUAAAAAUAAAGCUAGAAUUAAUGAAGAUCCAAAGGAUGCUCUGCUUCGUCAGUUUCAGAAAGAAAUAGAGGAAUUGAAGAAAAAGCUUGAAGAGGGGGAAGAAAUAUCAGGCUCUGAUAUCAGUGGAUCAGAGGAAGAUGAAGAUGAAGAAGGUGAACUUGGAGAAGAUGGAGAGAAAAGAAAAAAGAGAAGGGGCAGUAGCAGCAGCAGUAGUUCAGACUCCACAUGCUCUGUCAUAGAGAAACCUCUGGAUAAGUUCUUGCCUAAUCAAGCAGGUAAAAAGAAAGUUUCCCCUGAUAAGAUGGUUGAGAUGCAAGCAAAAAUUGAUGAGGAAAGAAAAGCACUUGAAACAAAACUUGACAUGGAAGAAGAAGAAAGAAACAAGGCUAGAGCUGAAUUAGAGAAACGGGAAAAAGAUCUUCUUAAAGCUCAACAAGAGCAUCAGUCUUUGCUGGAAAAAUUAUCUGCCUUGGAGAAGAAGGUAAUUGUUGGUGGUGUUGAUUUGUUGGCCAAAGCUGAGGAGCAAGAGAAACUUCUUGAAGAAUCUAAUAUGGAACUAGAAGAAAGGAGGAAAAGAGCAGAGCAGCUUCGCAGAGAGCUUGAGGAAAAGGAGCAAGAACGCUUGGAUAUUGAAGAAAAAUAUACCAGUUUACAAGAGGAAGCACAAGGAAAGACAAAGAAAUUAAAGAAAGUGUGGACAAUGCUGAUGGCUGCAAAGUCAGAGAUGGCUGAUCUCCAACAAGAACAUCAGAGGGAAAUUGAAGGCCUACUUGAGAACAUUCGGCAACUUAGCCGGGAGCUUAGGCUCCAGAUGCUUAUUAUUGAUAACUUUAUACCUCAGGAUUACCAGGAAAUGAUUGAAAACUAUGUGCACUGGAACGAAGACAUAGGGGAAUGGCAGCUGAAAUGCGUCGCCUACACAGGAAAUAAUAUGAGGAAGCAAACCCCAGUACCUGAUAAAAAGGAGAAAGAUCCCUUUGAAGUGGACCUUUCCCAUGUGUAUCUUGCCUAUACUGAGGAGAGUCUACGUCAGUCUUUGAUGAAAUUAGAAAGGCCACGGACUUCAAAGGGGAAAACGAGGCCAAAGACAGGGAGAAGAAAGCGUUCUGCAAAACCCGAGGCCGUAAUCGAUUCUUUGCUUAAGUAAAUGUUACAGACUAAAAGUCACAAUAAAAAUCAGUGAUAUUCUCA